AUGAAGACUCAGUGGAAAGACAUCCCCGCUGUGCCUACGAGCCAGGAGUUCCUGGAUAUUGUACUUUCCAGGACCCAGAGAAGAUUGCCGACCCAGAUUCGUGCAGGAUUCAAGAUUAGCAGAAUUCGAGCUUUCUACACGCGAAAAGUCAAGUACACGUCCGAAACCUUUACCGAGCGCCUCUCCACCACCAUCGAGGCUUUCCCGCGCCUGGCGGACAUCCACCCGUUCCACCGCGAUCUCCUCAACACCCUCUACGAUGCGGACCACUUCCGUAUUGCUCUUGGUCAGCUUUCGACUGCAAAGUCGCUGAUUGAGACAGUUGCGCGCGACUAUGUGCGCCUUCUCAAGUACGGACAAUCCCUGUUCCAGUGCAAGCAGCUGAAGAGGGCGGCGCUGGGACGUAUGGCUACCAUCUGCAAGAGGUUAAAGGAUCCUCUUGUCUACCUUGAGCAGGUCAGGCAGCAUCUGGGUCGUCUCCCGUCUAUCGACCCCAACACCCGCACACUCGUCAUUGCUGGUUUCCCCAACGUCGGCAAGUCGUCAUUCUUGAAGUCCAUCUCAAGAGCCGAUGUCGAAGUUCAGCCGUACGCUUUCACCACAAAGAGUCUGUAUGUCGGACAUUUCGACUACAAGAUGCUUCGUUUCCAGGCUGUCGACACUCCCGGUAUCCUGGACCACGCACUCGAGGACAUGAACACCAUCGAACAUCAGUCCAUCUGCGCCAUUGCCCAUCUUCGCGCCCACAUUCUCUACUUCAUGGAUCUCAGUGAGCAAUGCGGUUACUCUGUCGCCUCGCAAAUCGCCCUCUUCAACAACAUUAAGCCUCUAUUUGCCAACAAGUUGAUCUCGAUUGUCGUCAACAAGAUCGAUCUUAUGCGUCCGGAUCAGCUUGACCCCGAGACACAGGAACAGCUUCAGGGUAUGCUCAAGUCUGGCGAAGUUGAGAUGCUAGAGCUUUCCUGCAACACUCUCGAGGGUGUUAUGGCUGUGCGAAACUCGGUCUGCGAUCGCUUGAUUGCUGCUCGCAACGCCGAGAAGCUCAAGGCUGGUACCAACAGCGCUGGCGAGCCUUCCGGUCGUCUUGGUGAACUUCUUCGCCGGAUCCACGUUGCCCAACCUUUGGGCGGCGUCACUCGCGAGACCUAUAUUCCAGAAGCAGUGCUUAACAAGAAGAAGUACGACAAAGAGGACCCUGAUAGGCCGCUCCUUGAGCGUGACCUGGAAGAGGAGAACGGUGGAGCCGGUGUGUACAACAUCGACCUUCGCAAGAACUACCUUCUCGAGAACGACGAGUGGAAACACGACCGCAUUCCCGAGGUCUUCAAGGGCCAGAAUGUUUACGACUUCAUCGACCCUGACAUCGAGGCUAAGCUUGCCGCACUUGAGGCUGAAGAAGAGAAGCUGGAGGGUGAGGGCUUCUACGAGUCGGACGAUGAUCUUGAGGACGCCGAGGAGGCGGACAUCAGGUACAAGGCAGAGCUGAUCCGUGAGAAGAGGCAACUCAUCCGGAACGAAGCCAAGAUGCGCAAGAGUCUCAAGAACAGGGCCGUCAUCCCUAGGACUAAGAAGUCGAAGCAGAUGUCACAGAUGGAGUCACAUCUCGAAAGUCUCGGCUACGAUGCCUCCAAGGCUAUCGAGCGUACGACUGCGAAGGCAGAGGCGCGAGGCCGCAGCUUGGCUCGUGGAAGAUCAGAGGGUCCUGGUGGCGAUGCUAUGGAUGUCGAUACGCCUGGAGCUGCUAUGCUUGAGCGUGCCAAGAGCCGAGGCCGUAGCCAAAGCACCAACAGGAGAACGGAUGGUGUUACGGAUGAGACCGCCGCCUCCAAGGCUGAGAAGCUGGCGAAGUUGUCGCAAAAGAAGAUGAACAGGAUGGCUAGACAGGGUGAGGCCGAUAGGCACCAGACUGGUUCUCUGAUCAAGCAUUUGACUGCCGGAAAGCGUGGUAUCGGAAAGACCAGCCACAGAUAA